AUGGGCUCUCACACCGUCUCAACUCAACCCCACGUCCCCCCGGCUGGUGUGUGGUGCCCUGCUGUCACCUUCUUCGAUGGGACAGACUGCUUGGAUCUGGAGGCACAAUCACAGUACUUCGCCUACCUAUCGCAGACUGGACUGGCAGGUCUCGUUAUCCUCGGCACAAACUCCGAAGCAUUCCUCCUCACGCGCGAAGAACGAUCCCAGCUUAUUUCCACUGCACGCGCCGCAGUCGGAGCCGACUUUCCCUUGAUGGCCGGUGUAGGUGCUCAUUCCACCAAGCAAGUGUUGGAGCUGGCCCAGGAUGCGGCGAUCGCUGGAGCCAACUACCUUCUUGUGCUUCCCCCGGCAUACUUUGGCAAGGCCACCAACAUGAAUGUGGUCAAACGGUUCUUCUCCGAGAUCGCAGCCAAGGCCCCUCUUCCAGUGGUCAUGUACAAUUUCCCAGGUGUGUGCAACGGUGUGGAUAUGGAUUCGGAGACGAUCGCGGCGGUAGUGCGUGAAUCGGCUGCCGCUAACGCCGGUCGAUCGAAUGUGGUGGGCGUGAAGCUCACCUGUGGAUCAGUUGGAAAAAUAACCCGGCUGGCCGGGUAUUUCUCUCCUGAAGAGUUUGCGACCUUUGGCGGACAAUCUGACUUCCUUAUUGGUGGACUCGCUGCUGGUAGCGUUGGGUGCAUCGCCGCGUUUGCCAAUGUAUUCCCGAAGACUACGGCGCGGAUAUAUGCGUUAUACCAUAACGGUCAACUCGAGGAAGCUACUAAGCUUCAAAGGCAAGCUGCUCUUGCUGAAAGCGCUAUCAAGAGUGGAAUUGCAUCUACCAAAUACGCUGUCUCUUGUUACUCUGCGUCAGCGGCAGGUAUAGCGGGCGCUGAGGCUAAGCUUGUGCCCCGUCAUCCGUAUGAGCCAGUAGGUGAGGCAGUGAAGAAGUCCGUAAUCAGUGUCAUGGCAGAGGUUGCAAACAUCGAACAAAGCUUGUAA